AUGUUGUCUAAUACAAGAGUCAAGUACAGUGAACACUUGAAGCGAACAACAAUCGUCAGCAGCCAGGCUGGAAAUUCUAUUCCCGGCGCGAAAAAGCCUUCCCAGAAGGAGAUACACUCCGGCGCCGCCGCAGGCACCAGAACAGUCAGGUUUUCUUUCACCGACGCUUACGCCACUGACUCCUCCAGUGAUGAAGAGGGAUUCUAUAUCAAACGCCAGAGAGUGAAAAAAUUCAUAUGCGAGGUGAAAAUCCAGCCAUGUUGUAGUGAAAAAGGAAGUGUCAAUGCUAAUGAAACUACCACUGCUCCAGCCGUUUUGGGAAAUAGCCGGAGGCCGUCCAUGGCGGUGAAACGGAAGAAAAGUAGUGGCAGACAGAAACAAAACGGUGGAAAUGAUACCACAGUUGGAAAUGUGAGGAAGUUCCGUGGCGUACGGCAGCGGCCGUGGGGCAAAUGGGCGGCAGAGAUUCGAGACCCCUUUAGGCGUGUACGGCUGUGGCUAGGCACAUACGAAACGGCGGAGGAGGCUGCUAUGGUAUACGAUCACGCGGCGAUCCAGCUGCGUGGUCCUGACGCGCUCACAAAUUUCUCAGCGCCGUCGCGAACGGACAACAAAACAAGAUCAGGUUACAACUCCGGCGAGGAGUCCCACAACAUUGUGAAAUCACCAAAGUCUGUUCUCCGAUUCUCCUCGGCGGCGGACUCUCAAACAGAAGUCGAAGCCGAAGCCGAGUCAUCGUCGAUCUUUUCGCCGCCAAACAAUGCGGUUUCGUUGAAGGAAAAUGAGGAUAUUACCUUAUGGGAGAACCUCUCGGACUUUCCGAUAUUUCCGUCGGGUGAAGAUAUGUUCCGAGAAUUCGAUGACCCGCUUCCCGUACCCGAUUUGUUUGAUCAAACGGAUUUCCCAGAUUGUAUCCUUGGAUUUGAUUUGGAUUGUUGCAAGGACAUACUUGUUGGGUCAAGUAAUGAUGCCGGGUUUGGGCAGACGGAUGACUACUUUCAAGAUUUCGGGGAUGUAUUCGGGUCGGAUCCUCUAGUUAUACUUUGA